UCCUUCACUCUCAUCUCUUUCGUUUUUUCACACAGUUACACCUUCACUGUGUGAUUUUCUUCACACACAAAAACAAACCCUAAAUUCCCCUUCUUCUGUAACGACGACACCAAAAAAGUUCUUCAAUUCUCGUAUUGCUACAGUACUGGAAGCAAUGGAGAUAGAGGAAGAAGCAGUCAUAGUCAAUUCUAGUAGGCUAAAAUCUGUUGUGUGGAAUGACUUUGAUAGAGUAAAAAAAGGUGAUACUUUUGUGGCUAUCUGUAGACACUGUAAAAGGAAACUUAGUGGGUCUAGUACCAGUGGGACUUCACAUUUGAGAAAUCAUUUGAUCAGAUGUCGUAGGAGAUCAAACCAUGAUAUAAGUCAGUUGCUGACACGGGGAAAGAAAAAGGAAGGACCUCUUGCCAUCUCGAAUUUUAGUUUUGAUCAAGAGCAGAGAAAUGGUGAUGCAGUCAGCGUUGUGAGGACUAAGUUUGAACAAGGACACACAAGAGAUGGGUUAUUCAACAAUGGGAUUGUUAACUUUGAUAACAGGCGAAGCAGGCUUGACCUUGCCCGCAUGAUCAUAUUACAUGGCUAUCCUUUGUCUAUGGUUGAACAUAUUGGUUUCCGUAUAUUUAUUAGGAAUCUUCAACCCUUGUUUGACAUUGCAACAUUUGAUGGAGUUGAGGCAGACUGCCGGGAAAUUUAUUUGAUGGAGAGACAGAAAGUAUAUGAAGAGUUGGACAAAUUGCCUGGGAAAAUCAGCCUUAGUGCUGAUACAUGGACUGCAAAUGGUGAUGCUGAAUACUUGUGCUUGACGGCACAUUACAUAGAUGACUCUUGGCAUCUUAAAAAGAAGAUUCUGAAUUUUUUAACAACUGAUCCUUCCCAAACAGAAGAUAUGCUGUCAGAAGUUAUCAUGACUAGUCUAAGAAAUUGGGAUAUCGACCGAAAAUUGUUCUCAGUGACAUUUGAUAACUACUCAACAUAUGACAAAAUUGUAAGUAGAAUCAGAGAGCAGCUUUGUCAACACAGAUUUCUUUAUUGUGAUGGCCAAUUAUUUGAUACACGCUGUGCAGCUAAUGUUAUCAAGUUGAUGGUCCAAGAUACCUUAGAAACAGCAAGCCAGAUAAUCCACAAGGUCCGGGAAAGUAUUCGGUAUGUUCGAAGUUCACAGGCAACCCAGGAAAAGUUCACUGAGAUGGCUCAAAUUGCUGGGGUUGAUUCCCAGAAGUGCCUGAAUCUUGAUAAUUCAUUUUAUUGGAACUCAACUUAUAUCAUGAUUGAAACUGCUUUGGAGUACAAAGAUGCAUUUCCUCUUUUGCAAGAACAUGAUUCUCGGUAUGCAAUGUGUCCAACUGUGACAGAGUGGGAUAGGAUAAGUGCCAUUGCUAGCUUCCUAAAGCUCUUUGUUGAGGUUUCCAAUGUUUUUGCUGGAAGCAAGUAUCCUACGGCAAAUACAUAUUUCCCAGAUAUCUGUGAUAUUCACUUGCAGUUGAUUGAGUGGUGUCAAAACUCAGAUGAUUUUGUUAAUUCUUUGGCUCUGAAGUUGAAAAGCAGAUUUGAUGAGUACUGGAAAAAAUGUAGCUUGGCUUUGGCGAUUGCAGCUAUCUUAGACCCACGAUUCAAGAUGCAAUUGGUUAAAUAUUAUUAUCCACAAAUAUAUGGUGAUAGUGCUCCAGACUGCAUUAAUAUUGUUUCAGAUUGUAUGAAGGCUCUGUAUAAUGGCCAUGCUAUUUAUUCACCAUUAGCUCCUAAUGGUCAAGCUGAAGCAUCUCAAGUUGGUGGUGCUAAUAAUGAUCGGCUGACGGGAUUUGACAAAUUCAUCUAUGAGACCUCAGUGAGCAACAACAUUAAAUCAGAUUUGGACAAUUAUUUGGAGGAAAAGUUGUUCCCUAGAAAAGAUGAUUUUAACAUAUUAAACUGGUGGAAGGUUCACACUCCAAGGUAUCCUAUUCUGUCCAUGAUGGCACGCAAUAUUCUAGGAAUGCCGAUGUCAAAAGCUUCACUAGAGUAUGUGUUCAACACUGGGAAUAAGGCUCUUGAACCAUAUCGCAGUUCGCUAAGAUCAGAUACCUUGCAAGCUUUGAUGUGUGCCCAGGACUGGAUGCGUGAUGAAUUUGAAGAUUCGAAGGCUUCAUCAAGCACUGUCACUCUGGCCCUGUGCUAUGAUGCAAAAUAAGAGCAAGUCUUUGGUAAGCUUAGGUUGCCAUUCUUUUGCGUUUAUCUGUGUAUAUUAGCACCUACCAAAUGGUCCCCCUCUCUCUAUCCUUAUGUUAAGAUUUUGUAGAAAUUAGUUCAUUUGCAGAUCUUGCUUUUCCAGAGCUCCCAUAAAUUAGUUCAAGAUGAGUUCAAGAAUCUAACAGCUUUUGCCAUCUUAGCCUUCAUCAAUUGACUAACUUAUCUGUA